UAUCUCCACUUCAACUGAUCCAAGCAAGAAGCAGCUGACAUUCUUGUCAGUUUUCAAGAACUGCUGGGGAUUGUCUGCAGAAGAAUGGAGUCAGUUUCACUGAAGCAUGUGAUUUCUGCUGCUGGCACUAUAUUUCCAGCAAGAUAUUCAAAAAACCCAAUUCAUAUUAGAAGGGUUGGCACUCGUUCUAGACAUUUUCCACUGGUUCUUUACUCCAAGAAAUGGGAUUUUCAAGAUUUUCAGGACUAUGCAAAACCAGCUCAACUUUUGCCGGCCUCAGAAGUGCAAAUUUACGAGCCUUCCUCACUGGAACAGAUUUUUUAUUCUCUCAAGGUGCAAAACUGUGAAUCAUUGUACAAAGUCAAACUACAGACUAGUAGCAUGUAUGGGUCCAGUCUAACUGAUUCAAAUGCUGGAGUGCUUCUUUGCUUCAUAGAUGAUAACAGCAACUCUAUCCUUCAAAGAAUACCAGCUUCUCUGGCAAAAGAUCAGUCGUUGCAGUCAGGUGACAAUGACAAUUCUGGAGUUCUCCAUUUUAGGAGAGGCUGUAUUGAUGAGUUCAUAUUUUGGGGACCAACACUUGAGAAGAUUGCAGCCAUUUGGGUAGGCCUUGAGUCAGGUCAGUGGAGAUUAGGACAAAUGAGCUUAACUAUUAUUUGUCGGCAUCAAUCCCCGUCAACUGAAACAGACAAGAAUCCUGUGCAGUUUUGGGGUUUCCAAUAUGACUUUGGCCUUGAGGAUAUACUACUUGGUGAAGCUAAUGACUUUUCCAUGGCAGAACUUAGACCCUGUUCAGUUACCGAACUUUCUGGGGAUGUCAUUGCCUCGGUAAAUGACAAACAAUCGCAUCCUUCUUCAGUUGGUAGCCUGAUUUUAUCUAGUGAAGAAAGCAUGAAGGAAUAUGCAGACUUGAAAUUUUCGUUGUUGCUUUAUGAUGCAAUGCUUAUCCUUGCUGGUUCCUCAAUUGCCUCAUUCUCACUUGGAGAAAAUGCUGCAUUAGCAUUCUUAACAGGUGGGAUUGGAGGGUUCUUAUAUCUACUGUUACUGCAAAGGUCGGUUGAUGGAUUACCGGCUGCAGAAAUGGUUCCAACAAACAGGAUGGAAAACUUGGGUCAAAUACUGGGAAAAUCUAGAGGCUCACUGACAAGCUUAGUUUUGGCUUUUGCAUUAGCUGUUAUUGCUGCAAGAUACAUCUCAGGAGAUGCUGCCAGGGUGUUGACACCAAACGACCUCAUUUUUGGGAUGGCUGGGUUCCUAAUGUGUAAGAUAUCUGUGGUUUUGGCAGCAUUCAGACCUUUGCCAACAGGCUCAAGAGAAAACAAGUGAUUCCUCUAGUUAUGUAAAUACCAUCUGUACAGAACAGUCAUAUAGCAGAUGUUCACCAUUUAUAUUUCCAGGUGUCCUUGGGUGAUUUUCCAAAUGUAAAACAGACGCCGAGUUUUGUAGAAUACAUAUACUCAAUUUGCACAAUCUCUGCACUCCUACGCAGGAUAAGAUUGCUUUUUCAGCAAUGUUAAUGGGAUAUUAAUAAUGUCUGAUCAUUUUGCUGUCA